AACCAACCAAAAUCCAAAAGCCCCAUUCCCAUUUCCCCUUGGCGUUAUGGCGUGCUAGGAAAAUCAAUAUAGCUUUAUCCCAUGUGAGGCCUACCCCGUAGCAUUACCAGGGAGAAGCCAAAAGCGAAGCUGGAAGUGCUUUGCUUGCGGAAAAGUGCAUAUAUCCACAACUUUUUGGCUAAGAUCUCCAUUUUCCCCUUCCAUCUACAUUUUGCCAAAUGCUAAAUUUCUGUCUCAUCCGCUCGAGGAAUGGUGGAGGGGUCUCAAGACUCCACUCACCCUCCCUUCACUGCCAAAUUCAAAACCAAUAAAGCAAAAACAACUAAACUUUCUCUUCUUCAACAACACCCAGAUGUUCCUCUUCCACUCUCUACCCAUUUCCCAAUUGGGCUUUGCUUCAUCCCUCGCCAACUGCAAUCCGCAGUUGGGCACUUUUAGACCCAGAAAUCUAGCACCCGGAUUUCCAUCGGUUCGUCCCCUAAGAGCGCUUGACUUUAAUGGCGAUAAGCUCGGCAGAGCGAAAUCAGGGUUUUAUGAAGUGGGUUUGAGGAAUCAGAGCUUUAGGUUGAAAUCGAAGUUGGGAGUGGAUGAAGCUGUGGAGAGAGAGGGUAGUGGAGGAGUGAGGAAGGAGGGCUACUACGAUGCGAUUGUAAUCGGGUCAGGAAUUGGAGGACUGGUUGCUGCAACGCAGUUGGCAGUAAAGGGAGCUAGGGUGUUGGUGUUGGAGAAGUAUGUGAUUCCUGGCGGGAGCUCUGGCUUUUACCAGCGAGAUGGGUAUACGUUCGACGUUGGGUCUUCUGUGAUGUUUGGUUUCAGCGACAAGGGUAAUCUAAAUUUGAUAACCCAGGCACUGGAAGCUGUAGGAUGUGAGAUGCAGGUGAUACCUGAUCCAACCACUGUCCAUUUCCAUCUACCCAAUAAUCUUUCUGUUCGAGUGCCGAGAGAAUACAGCAAAUUCAUUACGGAACUGACCAGUAAAUUUCCUCAUGAAAAGGAGGGAAUCCUUAAAUUCUAUGGUGAAUGUUGGAAGAUCUUCAAUGCCUUGAACUCAAUGGAAUUGAAGUCACUUGAGGAGCCGCUCUACCUUUUUGGACAGUUCUUUCAAAAGCCUCUUGAAUGCCUGACACUUGCCUAUUAUUUGCCCCAAAAUGCUGGCAAUAUAGCUCGGACAUUCAUAAAGGAUCCGCAGUUGUUGUCAUUCAUUGAUGCUGAGUGUUUCAUCGUUAGCACUGUCAAUGCUUUGUAUACACCGAUGAUCAAUGCGAGUAUGGUUCUCUGUGACAGGCAUUUUGGGGGGAUUAACUAUCCUGUUGGGGGCGUUGGCGGAAUUGCAAAAUCCUUGGCAAAGGGCCUGGUUGGUCAGGGCAGUCAAAUUCUUUACAAGGCAAACGUGACUAGCAUCAUAACUGAGCAUGGGAAGGCUGUGGGAGUGAGGUUAUCAGAUGGAAGGGAGUUCUUUGCCAAGACCAUUAUAUCAAAUGCCACUAGAUGGGACACUUUUGGAAAACUUCUAAGAAGAGAAGAUCUUCCAAGAGAAGAAGAAAUUUUUCAGAAAGCUUAUGUUAAGGCUCCAUCAUUUCUUUCCAUUCAUAUUGGGGUUAAAGCUGAAGUUCUGCCGCCAGAUACAGAUUGUCACCAUUUUAUCCUUGAGAAUGACUGGACAAGCUUAGAGGAGCCAUAUGGAAGCAUAUUUCUGAGCAUUCCAACUGUUCUUGACGCAUCAUUGGCGCCAAAAGGACAUCAUAUUCUUCACAUAUUUACCACUUCUUCAAUGGGGGACUGGAAGGGACUUGCUCAAAAAGAGUAUGAUGCAAAGAAGGAGCUUGUGGCAGACAAAAUUAUAAGCAGAUUGGAAAAGAAACUCUUUCCAGGUCUCAAAUCAUCCAUUGCUUUUAAGGAGGUGGGUACACCAAAGACGCACAGACGGUACCUGGCUCGUGAUGAUGGAACUUAUGGACCAAUGCCUCGUAAAAUUCCCAAGGGCUUACUCGGAAUGCCAUUUAACACAACAGCGAUUGAUGGUCUCUACUGUGUUGGGGAUAGUUGCUUCCCAGGACAAGGUGUUAUAGCCGUAGCUUUUUCAGGAGUAAUGUGUGCUCAUCGAGUUGCCGCUGAUAUUGGGCUUGAGAAGAAGUCUCCUGUAUUGGAUGCUGCCCUCCUCAGACUUCUAGGUUGGCUAAGGACACUAGCAUGAGGUAUUAUUGAUUGCAUGUUGAGCAGCAAUUUUCAAAGGCAUGUUUGGGCACAUGGGUAUUUGCUCUUUGUUGUUCUCUUGGUCUGGGGUUGGUUCAGCAUUGAAGCAAAGUGAAGUAUUGGCAAUAGUCGGAUUUGCUUCGUUUUUGUGCAGUGAAUCAUGUUUUGUAACACUUAUCUGGACUCCUUGGAUGUAGCAAUGUGUAUGAACUGUAUAGUUCCCCCUUUCCUGUUUAUUUGGAGGUGUGGGGGUGCGGUGGUGACAUAUUUGUGAUAUUUUUCAUAGUUGCUGUGUAGUUGAUUACUGAUCGUUGUAUUUCUACACAUAGGUGCUUGUACAUUAUUUUGAUUUAUCAAUAGCAGAAAUAUGUAAUUAAAAUA